AUGACGCUGAGGCUCAGUGUUCGGAAGGGCCCAAAGAACCGUUCUGAAUGGAAAAAGGAGGCAAGCCUUGACUUAGCUCGGUCCACUAUGAUGGUGGCCUAUAGAGAGUGGCUCGCUGCGCGCUUGGCCGCGGAUGGGACGAGAAUGACUUCAAUGCUGGGGGGAUGGUUGGAGGUCUAG